AUGGAACGUGACAAUCUAUAUAACAGUGUGUUCGAGAACAAUCAGCCCUCAGUGAUAAAUAUUGAUGAUGAGGAAGAAGGAGAAGAUCUCUUCAACGAUAAUUAUAUGAAAGAUUAUAAGCUAAUGGAUGGGAAUGUGCUCGAGAAAAUCGUAACCACAAUCUUUUUCACGAUAACGAUAACUUCUAGGGAUGCAGAUGCAGCCGAAGAAGAAGAAGUUGUUCUGCAAAUCACUGGGGAUGAGCAUGAUGAAAAGGAGGAAGACGGAGAAGAUCUCUUCAACGAUAACUUUCUUGAUGAUUAUCGGCAUAUGGAUGGGCAUGAAUGA